CCGUGACGUAAGUCCGUGACGCAAGCUCGCCUUCCAUCACUAUCUGAUACUACUGACUGAAAACACCCAGAACCUAGCGAACGCUCACGACUCGUGGAAAUAUGUAGUUAAUUCACCAAUUCAUCUUAUUUCGACAGCAGGGGGUUCGGCGGAGCUGAUUAGUUGUUAGAAGAAACCAUGGGUGGUCAUGAUGAUGAAGAUGUGGCUUAUGUUUUGAAUAAACAAAAGCAAGAGGGAGACCUGAAGAACAAGUUGAAUGAUGGCAGCCACUGGUGCGACCAGGAGUCCACCGCCAACAAUACCAAGUGGGUAAAGGAAGGCCAGAACCAACUACGCAAAGUAGCUGAGAACCAACAUGACCAGGAUCAUAACUGCAAUAUCAACCAGAACGGCAACAAGGAAGACUUCCCUCACCAGAACAUCACUCAGGAAGAACAACAGGGAAACGAGGAGCAGACAAAGUCUCCUAAAAUAGCAAUGACUCCAGGUCUAAGUCAGGAGGAGUCCAAGAACAUCCUUAACGAGCCCUUACUCAUUGACACGCUGGAGUCAACAGUGGAGAAAGAUAGAGAGAGAGAAGAGGAUGGUAAAGAGAAGGAGGAUAGAUCCGAGGAAGACGAGGAGACAUCAAGCGAAGCUACUGAAGAAAAAGAUGUAGAGUCGAGUAAUGUAGAGUCUCAAAGAGAGGGGGGAGUGUUCGGGAGAAAUGCCUGCCUUCUCUUCUCCAACAUGAAUGGGACACCGAGUGAUGAAGAGACCAGCUGGCCUGCUCUGUCACAGGACAACCCGUCAGACAGCUCUCCUAAUGGCAACAGAGAGUCCUUCUGGGACUCUAGCGCCUUUGAGACGGACACAGACCUGCCUUCAGGGUGGAUGAGGGUUCGGGACACAUCAGGCACCUAUUACUGGCAUAUUCCCACUGGCACCACCCAGUGGGAGCCUCCUUCUCCGCUGGGGAAAGUUGGCGACUCCAUGAUGUCCUCCACUAUGUCUCUGGAGACAACGCCCUGUGAGGAACCAGAGGAAACUUGGGCUCAGCUCUCCAGCACAGAUGAUGGUGUGGAUGAAGGAGAGCUGUGGAAGGAGGAUGGAGAAGUUCCAUCGGAUCAAAGUCUGAAGGAGUUUGAAGGAGCAACUCUACGCUAUGCAUCCAUCAACUUAAAUUACAACUGCUCUCAGUCUGAUGAAGAAGAGAAGGUUGCUCCACUCUGCACAGAUUUAGAGUCAAAGUGUUUUGCAGUUCGUUCUCUCGGCUGGGUGGAGAUGUCUGAGGAGGACUUGGCCCCUGGCAAGAGCAGCGUUGCUGUUAACAACUGCAUCAGGCAACUCUCGUAUCACAAACACAACCUCCAUGACACUGCUGGUAUCUGGGGAGAGGGUAAAGACAUGCUGAUGGUCCUGGAGAACGACACGAUGAACUUGAUUGACCCAUUGGGUCAGAAUCUGCUUCACUCUCAGCCCAUUGGCAGCAUCCGUGUUUGGGGCGUCGGCAGAGACAACGGGAGGGACUUUGCUUACGUGGCCCGAGACAACCUGACCCAGGUGCUGAAGUGUCACGUUUUCCGCUGUGACUCACCUGCCAAGAACAUCGCCACCAGCUUACACGAGAUGUGUUCGAAGAUCAUGAUGGAAAGAAAAGCUGCUAAACCAGGCCUGAGCAGACUCUGCUCUGACUCCAGCAGAUCUUUGGUCAUCCCUGUUGAAGAGUUUCCUGCUCCCAAAAACGAGCUUUUCCAGCGCUUCCAUGUCUAUUAUCUUGGUUGUGAGUCAGUAGCGAGACCAGUCGGAGUGGAUAUCAUAAAUGACGCAUUAGAGGUAGCGAUGACUGUCAAAGACAAAAAGGACUGGACGCCUGUCUCUGUGAAUGUUGCACCAGCCACCCUCACCAUACUUUCACGACAGGACGAGGAGGUGCUGUCCGAGUGUCGAGUACGCUUCCUGUCCUUCAUGGGCGUGGGGAAGGACGUCCACACCUUUGCUUUCAUCAUGGCUGAAGGCCCCAGAGAGUUCUUCUGUCACAUGUUUUGGUGCGAACCCAACGCCGCCAGUCUGAGCGAGGCCGUGCAGGCGGCCUGCAUGCUCCGCUACCAGAAAUGUUUGGACGCCCGUCCGCCCAGCCUGGCCUCCUGCCUGCCCACGCCCCCCACCGACUCCGUGGCUCGGCGGGUGAAGAAGGGGGUGCAGAGUCUGCUGGGCAGCUUUAAGAGCUACAGGUCAGGUUCUCAGUCCCCCUGAGCUGGAGCAGGAGUCCUCCGCCCUCCAUCCAACACAAGGUCCAUCAAAGCAGCACCCCACUCUCCCUCACCCACACACUAAUUAUUCUGUCACAGUCUCGCCUUAAAGCCCUUUUGUCUAGUCCGGUGUCCAGAGCGGUUUCAGGUUGGAUCUUGUCUUUUACUUUUAUGCAAGGAUUGUAAUUCGUCUCCGGACUGAAGCACGGCUCACGUCAAACCUUCUAACGGAGUCGGUGACAUGAAUGUCGGGUAAUGGAUGUAACACUUUCCACGUUGAUGCCCUUGCGCUAAAAUGCCACAUUUAUCCUUGUUUCUGUUGAAUGGUUCUGUGAUCAGAUCCUACGGUGACACUCGAUCAGCUGGUGUCGGCGCUCCUCAUGCACAGUUCAGCAUUUCUCUCUAGUCGUGUGUAAAGUAGUUGUUUCUGACCUCCUCACGAACAAACGUACUUUAGUCUUCCAAAGCUUCGUAUCACUAUCGCAUUUCAUCGUGAGCAAAAGCUGAUUUGACUCUAGUUUCUCUCUCUCGCUCGUCUGUACUUGUGCACUCACGUACUUGUGAAACGUCAUCCAACGUUUGUCCAAGGACUGUUCCAAUCCUAAGUGCGUAUUGUAAGUACACUCCCAAGUUCCUGGAUGUGUUGUUGCUCCGCCCACUCUAUCAAGGAUGCAGCAGGGACUUGGGCUGGUAAGGCAUCCCAUAAUACAUUGUGUCAUAAACGGUUACGCCCCGAUUUGCAAAUGUCAGAGGAGAAAGCCCAUAACUGUGUUUUUAUAUAAAAAAUUUAAAUAAUUAAUGCUUAAAGAGCAAGUCACCCCCUACCAGAGUAUUACUCCACUCCCACUUCCUGUUUGAAAAAUGCAACAAAUGCUGUUUCCUAGCAGACUGAGAGGGCGGAGCCGCUAACAAAUACACACACACACACACAGGCUCACAACGACAUUGUGACAUCAUAUGGUACCAGCUAACGUUCUAGGGUACCUCUUAGCCAAUAGCGAUGGCAGAUUUAAAUUCAAAUGCAGUGCAGAGUUUUUACCCGACAACGGCACAACACUGACAGUUUUAGGCAGAAAAUUAAAAUUUUAACUAAAAUGCACUAAAGUACAAAACUAUUGACUACACGUGUCUGCAGCACAAUUAGACACGCAUUUAUACAGUUUAUCAGAAAAACAAAAAGUUGAUUUGGGGGUGUCUUGCUCUUUAAAACAUAGAUAAUUACUAUUUAUAGAUAAUUGUGUGUAACCUGUAAAAUUAGCUUUUUAUUCGACGGCUUAAGUAGCUCCGUUUUGAUCGAAGAAACUUAUUUUUCUUUAUUGAAGAGCGGGAAGUGCUGGUGUUUUUUCAAUUUCUAAGAAGGAUUGAUUAAAGAAACAAACAUGGACCCAAUAUUACACAAAAAAAUGUAUUCAAUCUUAAUUUGUUAUUCAAGCAACUAAGUAGACUUUUAUUUCAGGCCAGUAGCUGCAUAAAGCAGCGCUUGUUGCCAUGACAUCAGAGAGUUCAGAACGCCGCCCUCGUCCUGCCGCUGUACUUGCCAAGAACGUACUUGGGUAUUGAGAAGCAGUCUCCCUCUCUCUCGCUCGCUCGCUCUGUCUCUCUCUCUCUCACAUCCUGCAUGAACAUUUGGUAUUUCCGUGCUAGUGUGCAAUAAUCAGAUGUUUCAGUGCGAUGUGAUUUUAUUAUUUCAUUUCUCUACUCGGCGAUUCCUAAUUGAUUUGCGUGUGAGGCUUAGGAACAACAGAGCCAUCUGAUGGUAACAGUAAUAAAUAAUAAUAAAAACAAACGUUUACCACCAACAACUACUGAAUAGUACUGUAGAAACUCACCACAAGCUGCAUGUUUUGAUAGCUUUUAGAAUAACAGCUGCUCACAGCGGCGUAGUGCUAAACAGCCUUCAGCGUAUCCUAGAAAUCCUUCUGUUUCCAUACGGAGAGAAAAAGGAGGUUGAAGCUGAUGUGUUGUUUUUGCGUUACAAAGGCAUGUCUAGUUGGUGUCGGUGUUUAGCUUUAGCUAAUAGCUAGCAGUAGAAAGUUCUGGUCUGUUCUUUCAGAGAGAGCAGGUUCGUGUCUGUAUUUACGGCUCUUGUGUAAAUGAGAAGUUUUAACCCCCCUCCUUUUGCCGUGUGUGGACCCCCACCUCUCUGGGUAAUGUAUUUUUUUAUUGUUUCCACACAGUAAACAGGAUUUAUGCAUUAACCUGUUGGGUUUAGCUUUUGUAAGGUUUCCACUCAUAGCCAGUUUUAUCUUCUCGUCUGUUGUCGGUGAUCUCUACUUUAUGUAGCACAACAAUAACGGUCACGUGUGAUAUCUGAGAGGCAGUUUGUGAGAGGUUCAGGCUCUUUUGACUUUUAUUUAGCCUCAGACUGACCGGGCCUUUCCACUGGACACGUCCUGCAACGUCUGCGAAGCGUAGGAAGGAAGUAGCUGCUGUGUUAGUCGGUGGGUGUGUUCCCACCAGUCGUGACUCCUUCGGUCCGCUAAAUUUAGAUUUUUAAGUCUAUUUUUUACACACUUGGCAAUCAGAACGCGUCCGGCCCCGUUCAGAUCGGGCCAGACAGGAAGUUAAACAUGAAAGCAGUGUAAAACGUAUCGGAGCUUUCAAAAUAAAAGUCAUGUGAAGAUUUCUAGUUGCUUAAGGAGUAACAAAAAAAGAGCAUCAUUUUCUGUGAGGGGAAAAAUGACAGGAAAUAAACCACAGACCCUUUGGAUGCUUGCUGCUGGCUUUACCUUUCUUGUAAGCGUUUGAACUGCUGAAAUCACGCGUGAUUUAGUAGUUUUCCAUAGAUGUUGUGACAAACUGUGUGGAACACUUUUGCUGCUUUUUCGUGUCUGAAACACUCCGUUGGGACGCGCCGCUGAUCUCUCGGGCAAAACGCGUCUAGUGGAAAGGCCGGCUAACACGCGAAUGUAUUUGUUUUAUCUUCAACUCGUCACUCAGAUACUGAUAAAUAUCCAGCAGAGCCUCAUUUUACGGAGUUAUUUUAUUUAUGGUGUUUAAUCUGUUAUUGGUGUCUCACUGCUUACAGAAAACCUGAGUCUGAAGUAAACAAAAUCACUAAAGGGUUUCAAAAUAACUUUAGUAAAUAUAAAAAACAGAUUCUCUUACAGACAGCCUCUCUGUGUGUGUGUGUGUGUGUGUGUGUGUGUGUGUGUGUGUGUGCGUGUGUGUGUGUGUGUGUGUGUGUGUGUGUUACAACACUAAAGAAAAAGUACUUCUAUUACUGCCUUGUUACUCGUGUGUCACUGGGAUUUAUUGUGCGUUUCUCCAACACUAAAGAUGAUGAUGAUGGUUUAAAGAACAUUAGCAGAUUAAUUUAUUACUGGUUCUGUACAUUCGGUGUAAAAAAAUAUGUAUGUAUAUAAAAGUCACUGCACAAUAAAUGUGGACAUAUCACA